GUAACGCCAAGACUCGAUGGACGUUCGCAAGCAAUCAGGGAGCAUUCAUGAUUUGUCCUGCCUCCUCCAUCUAAUGUCUAUAUUUCGGCGAUGGGUUGCCUCUCUGCUAAUCGGAGCCAUGGGAUCUUUCGUCCUCAUGUGUAUUCUUCGGACGACGUGGACAAGUGCCAGCGUUCACACGGCCACCACGAAGGAAACGUUGGUCCAUGCCGCCAUAGCCAUACCUCCUCCCAUUACUCCAUCUGCUGAUCUGGCGUCGGGGCACGGCCUCCUCUCAAUUCCAUCCAGAUGGCGUGUGUUGGCAGAGCCUGCGGCUCAGCCGUCAUCUCCGUCGUCGGGAUCUGCAGCUUCGUCUGCCGCUCCACCUUUGCCUGGGGCGGCUUGGUCGGGUGCUCCGCCUUUGCCUGCGCCAGCUUCGUCGGCGGACGCCCCGCCCGGUUCCGACCCGACUCCGCUGCCAUCUAUACUCGUUCCCCGCAACAGAACUUUGUUUCCGUCAAGCCGUCCCACGCUGCGGCCCCUCCGUUCCUGCCAUCGUCAACGGGCAAGCUCUUCUGCCGCUCUGCGGUCAAUGACUUAGUCGUUGCUCCACAAAGUACGGCACUUUACGUCCUACUCAGGGAACUCUGUUUCACCCAGGGCCAGCUCUCUCAUCUGCGCGAGUCGAUCUGGAAAGCAGAUCUUGCUCACGUGAGUGACGGUGGCUCAACUACCAAUAGCGCUCACGCUCCUGAGGGGCAGUUAGUCAGCUACUGGUGGCCUUUCGGAGCGGUAAACGGCUCCGCUGUGCACACCCCGGCCAUUCAGUACGCUGGCGCAAACGACACCGUUUCGAUGGCCGACAUGUCGGCGACGGAUGUGACGCGAGCGGGCGAUCGGAUCCCGAUGGACGACGUGGAGUGGACUGACGUGAGGAGAUUCCCUCCAGGAGGUGAUCCCGAUAUCAAGGACAUCGGCUUCACCUCACAGAGCUUUUCCUCGGACGAACGGUGCCUCUAUUUCGUGGACUACGAGAACCUUCGUGUGUGGGGACUCGAUCCCCUGACCUCUGCUGGUACCGCGAAUCCCCCCGUGCUCAUCGCGGGGUCCGGCUCAAGAGGAGUGGUCGAUGCGGACGGACUCACCUCCUCCUUCAACAACAUCACGGACAUGGCUGUCUCUCCCGAUGGCUGCAACAUCUUCGUCGUUGAUUACUGGUACAAUUCCCUUCGCUGGCUGCAGCUGGACUCACCCUGCUCCGCGGCUCGCAGGGUGCUGACACUGGAAAGCUUCCCAGGGGGGCCGCGAGCUGUCAGGCUCGGUCAAUCUGGCAACGACUACUACCUGUACGUCGGGAUGAGCGACGGCUCCGUGACUGAGAUUCAAAUCAAUGCCUCUCAGCUGCACUCUUGCGCUCCUGCACCACCGCCAUCGCCGCCGCGCUCUUACCCGAGCGCAGGGCCCCCGGCUGACUCGAACGUCCGAUCGCCUGACUCCAGCCUCCCCUCGUCUGCCUUCUCUCCUAGUCCCCCGUUCCCAACAAAGCCGGGAAGAACUCGCUAUCUAGCCUUAAUCGUAGCUCUCCCUCUCUCUACUCUGGCAGUCCUUGGCGCGGCAGCUUGUGCAAGCUACCUCAUUUUACACAAAAAGGCCCAGCCCAUGACCAACUUGAGGACGAACGGCAGCGGGGAGUCCACGGUUGCAACGACUGGUUCGUCAUGGGGGGUAGCUGGGGGGAAAGAUGAGCUGGGGGGAGGACCCGGAGGAGAGAGACAGGAGGGGCUUCAUCAUUUGCAGGUGAAGCAGUUCUCAUUUGCAGCUCUGUCAUAUUGCACGCAGAACUUCAGCGAGAGCUACCGCAUCGGACCCGGCGGGGCGUUUGGAAAUGUCUAUUGGGGAUCCUUGGAUGACGGCAAGGAGUUGGCGAUGAAGGUCAUGACAGGCGAUCUGACAGAGGGGAAAAGGAAGAUGUUUCUGGCGGAAGUGAACACGCUGAGCAGAGUCCAUCACGCCAACCUCAUCCGACUCGUCGGAUUCUGCCUCGAGGGCAAUCGGUCGAUCUUGGUCUAUCCCUACUUUCCAGGGGGCAGCUUGUUCGCUCGUCUGCACGAGAGAGGGAAAGCCGUGCCGGGGAAAGCUUCGAUGCCGCCGCUGACGCUCGUGGAGCGGAUGUGCACCGCAUUGCAGAUCGCUAAGGGCCUAGCCUACCUUCACGAGGGUGCCGACCCUCCAGUCGUCCAUCGGGACAUCAAGAGCAGCAACGUGCUGCUUGGCGAUGGCUCCGGGGAGAAGUUGCACGUUGUGGUGGCGGACUUCGGUCUCGCGACUAUGGGAGAGAGAGUGUUCGGCACGGAGCGUGAGUCCGUGGUCAAGACCUCGCACAUGGCGGGCACGUUCGGGUACAUGGCGCCGGAGUAUGUGAGGGGAGGAAUUCUGUCAGACAAGAACGACGUGUACGCUUUCGGAGUUAUCUUGCUGGAGCUGCUGACGGGCCGGAAGGCCGUGGCGAUGGCACCCUCUGGGGUGGGGUGGGAGACGCUGCCGGACUGGGCUAGACCGUUUCUUCAGCGAAUGGUCGUCGUUGGUAAUGAUACGGCAUACCAAAUUCUGGACGCUCGCCUGCAUGAUCAGGCGGCGGGAUUCAGGUUCAGCCGUAUGGUUAGCGGAACGCUGCUUUUGGCAAGCGAGUGCAUACGAGAGGACUAUCGAACGAGGCCAAGCAUGUGUGGAUUGGUGGAGAAGAUAGGCAAUCUCCUCAAUGAAGUGCAGAUCGACGUCAGGCAAGCGAAGCGCUGAUCCCCGAGAGAGAAAUCAUCAUGGAGCUGAUAGCUGGCGAAGAAUCGAUCCCAGGAUUGGUGGAGAAAGAUAGGCAAUAUGUUGAAUCAAGGGCAGAUCAACGC